AUGGGCAAAGUUAUCAGCUGUCAGGGUUGCCACGUCUUGCUACAGUCCCAUGCACUAUUUUCAGCCCGCGAAUACUGUUGGGGGGUGGAAAUAAAUUAUGUUCACUUCCUGCAUAUUCGUUCAGCUGUAACAUCUUUUCGGUGCCUAGCUACCAUACCACCCGAAGGAAGCACGAGUGCUGGGAUACUGCCAGGUUGCCCGAGCCUAGACAAGGGAAGUCGAGAGACACGGAUCUUCCGCGAAUAUACACUCAUUUGCAAAUUACUUUGGUUUUUCGAGAGACCCACCUGGAACCCAGAUGAAUCUCUCGUUUGUGAUGUUCUCAGGCAACUGAAUGUGCUGCACCAAGUUGCCUCAUGUUUCAGUCGCUACGAUAUUCGAUAUAUCGCGAUACAUGUGUAUCUUUGUAAUGUACUACUCAUAAGGUUGAUGAAAAUCCGUCGACAGCCCACGACCGGUUUCGCCCUUCCACUUCGGGCUCAUCAGUCUUUCUCGUCAUCUUUGAAACCCGAAGCUGGAAGUCCCGAACACCAGACAUGCGAACACGUUGUUAUCUCCACGAUCAUUUUUAGGAAAUGUCACCGCGUGCUUUAG